GACAGCCGCACACACUAUCCGGAGGACCGUAACUGCUUCGAACCCGAGCAUGACGAACACCCUAAGAAUGUCCUCCCCUUCCUCCUCGCCUGCGCCGCCACCCGCCGCCGUCGCGGCCCAUCGACUCUCCCCUCUACGGAUAUAUCUGAAACACAGCAAGCCCCGCCGUCAUCACCUCGCCGCGGCCGUCGCCGCUUCAACGCGGAGGACAGACCGCCGGAGCCAGAGCCAGACCCCACACGGGCGGCGCGGCGGGGCGGGCUCCAUCUGGGUCAAUCCGAGCGCCCCGCCGCGCCCUGGAGCCGCUAACCGCACGCUUCGCCGCCUCGUCGAGCUCGACGACCUCGACGCCGCGCUGCGGCUGCUCCUCGGCGGGCCCUCCUCCACCUCCACGCCUGCGGCCUCGGACUCGGUGCCCGAGCCGCCACCCGUCAUCACCUGCAACAUUCUCAUCAAGAAGCUCUGCGCACGCCGCCGCCUCGCGGACGCGGAGCGGGUGCUUGAGGCACUCAAGGCCUCGGGCGCCGCCGACGCCGUCUCGCACAACACCCUCGUCGCGGGUUACUGCCGUGACGGCCGCCUCGCCGAUGCGGAGCGCGUGCUCGAGGCGGCGAAAGCCUCCGGCGCCGCCAACGUCGUUACCUACACCGCACUCAUCGAUGGGUACUGCCGCUCGGGCCGCCUCGCGGAUGCACUGCGCCUCAUCGCCUCCAUGCCCGUGGCGCCCGACACCUACACCUACAACACUGUGUUGAAGGGCUUGUGCGCUGCUAAGCAGUGGGAGGAAGCCGAGGAGCUCAUGGCAGAGAUGAUCCGGAACAAUUGCCAUCCAAAUGAAGUGACGUUUGCCACGCAGAUCCGCGCUUUCUGCCAGAACGGGUUGCUUGACCGUGCUGUGAAGCUUCUUGAGCAAAUGCCCCAGUAUGGAUGCACUCCUGAUGUUGUCAUCUACAGUACCCUGGUCAAUGGAUUUUCGGAGCAUGGACGCGUCGACAAAGCGCUCCAGCUGCUUAACACCAUGUUAUGCAAACCUAACACGGUUUGUUACAAUGCUGCAUUGAAGGGUUUGUGUAUUGCUGGACGGUGGGAGGAAGUUGGGGAGCUGAUAGCUGAGAUGGUUAGGAAGGAUUGCCCACCAAAUGAUGCGACGUUUAGCACGCUGAUCAAUUCCUUAUGCCAAAACAGAUUGGUUGAGUAUGCAACUGAAGUUCUAGGAAAAAUGCACAAGUAUGGAUAUAAGCCUGAUGUUGUAAGUUACAACACAAUCAUCAGCUGUCUUUCUGAACAAGGGUGUGUCGAUGAUGCCCUGAAGAUACUGAAUGGCAUGCUAUGCAAGCCUGACACGAUUAGCUUCAAUGCUGUAUUUAAGGGUUUAUGUAGAGCUGAGCGAUGGUGUGAUGCUACGCAGCUUAUAGCUAAGAUGAUUAAGGAGGAUUGUCCUAUAAUUGAAAUGACAUUUAAUAUACUCAUUGAUUCACUAUGCCAAAAUGGUCUGGUCAGCGAUGCAAUUGAAGUGUUUGAGCUAAUGUCAAAGUACAGAUGUACACCUGAUAUUGUCACAUACAGUAGCCUUAUUAAUGGCUUUUCUGAACAAGGACUUGAUGAAGUGGCCUUUGAUUUAUUUGGAAGCAUGCCAUGCAAGGCUGAUAUCUUUAGUUACAAUGCUGUGUUGAAGGGUUUGUGUACAGCUGCACGAUGGGAUGAUGCUGGAGAGCUUAUAGCUGAUAUGGUUAGAAAAGAAUGUACCCCAAAUGAAGUGACAUUCAAUAUACUUAUCAAUUCCCUGUGCCAAAAAGGGCAAGUUGAUCGUGCAAUUGAAGUUUAUGAGCAAAUGCCAAAGUAUGGAAUUACACCUGAUAUUUUCACAUAUAAUGCCCUUAUCAAUGGCUUUUCUGAACAAGGCCGUUUGGAUGAUGCCCUCAAGUUAUUGAACACCAUGUGUUGUGAGCCUGACACCAUUUCCUACAAUUCUGUAUUGAAGGGUUUGUGUAGGUCUGAGCGAUGGAAAGAUGCAGAGAAACUUGCUACUGAGAUGCUUAGAAAGGGUUGCGUUCCAAAUGAAGUAACAUUCAAGUAUGCUAAUCAAUUAUUUAUGUCGAAUAGGACUGGUUGAAUGCAUAACUCAAUUCUUUGAGCAUAUACCAAAGUAUGGGUGGCUGACUUUUGUCAUGUAUGCUGCCUUCAUUGAUAGCUUUUGAGCUCUGCUGAUUAUCCUCUGAGCUAAGAAGCAGCAUAAUUGUGCAAGCCUAGCACAGUUUUCGUGUAUGCUGCAUUGAAGGCUUUUUUUGUAGUAGAAAUGAACAACAGGAGAAUUCAAAAGCUCAUAGAAAACAGUGGUAAUGAGAGCGUCACAGGAGUUUGCGGUUGUGAUGGACAUGAAUUCAUGCUCCAAAAUGAAGUGUUACUCGGUGUACUGGUAAGAGGCAGUUGAAUCUGCUUCAUUAGCAAAUGCCAGAACAAGGUUUGUAGAUGGUGCCUGGCUGUCUGCAAGAUAUGACUCCAAGGGUGAUCUUAGUCAUGCGCGUUGAUAUGUAGCACUGGCUGAGACCUUUGGAUUCGUUCUUUGAGCAAAAAGAUAAAGAUCGGUUUUACGCAACAGCAAAUAUUAGAGAAUGCUUCUGAUCUCAUGCUAUUUUAAGAAUUGUUAAGGUACAACCAAAAUUACUGGGCAAAUGCCAAACGAUAAAUUUGGAUUUCAUAGCAUAUUGUAUGAUGCUCUUAAAUAUGCAGUCGUACUAUGAAUAUUUGUAGAGUUGAUUGAUGAAAUGGUACAUAUCCAAAUCGAUUGUAUAUAAGGGUUACCCCUUAGUAAUGUCAGAAAAUUUCUUGA